UGUCACUGCCGCACCUGCGCAGCCAUCUUGUACUCGUACUCGUACGCCAGGGGCAGAUAGGAAGGAAGAAAGAGAAAGGAGCAGAAACUCGCCUCUCUUACUCAGCGGAGGGAUGUCAGCUAAGUGAGCGGGUCUAGUGAAUAUAAAGACGACUCGACGCGUUUAGGACGGCAGCGGGAACGUAAAGAGAAGAGCAAUAAAACUCGUCCCUCCUGUCACACAGUGCCUCUCUCUGGGCUCCAGACGUGCGAGUCAUCAUCGUCUCUUCCACACAGCGAGAAGAGCGAGAGAAGAGGAAGCAGCGGCAGCGGCAGCGGCGUCAGACCUCCAGCGGAACAGAGCAGAGUCACCCCGGCCUUCGCACGAACACUCACACACACCAUGAACCCAGAAUAUGACUACCUGUUCAAACUGCUCCUCAUCGGCGACUCUGGAGUGGGGAAAUCGUGUCUUCUGUUGAGAUUUGCAGAUGACACAUACACAGAGAGCUACAUCAGCACCAUAGGUGUGGACUUCAAGAUCCGUACCAUUGAACUGGAUGGCAAGACCAUUAAGCUUCAGAUUUGGGAUACUGCUGGACAGGAAAGGUUUCGCACCAUCACCUCCAGUUACUACAGGGGCGCCCACGGCAUCAUUGUGGUCUAUGAUGUCACAGAUCAGGAGUCUUACAACAACGUGAAGCAGUGGCUGCAGGAAAUUGAUCGUUAUGCCAGUGAGAAUGUCAACAAGCUACUUGUUGGGAACAAGUGUGAUCUCACCACCAAGAAAGUAGUGGACUACACAACAGCUAAGGAAUUUGCUGACUCUCUUGCCAUCCCCUUCCUUGAGACAAGUGCGAAGAACGCCACCAAUGUGGAGCAGGCCUUCAUGACCAUGGCAGCUGAGAUCAAAAAGCGCAUGGGCCCAGGAGCUACGGCUGGAGGAGACAAGCCCAACCUUAAGAUCGAUAGCACUCCAGUUCGACAGUCUGGUGGUGGCUGCUGUUGAAGAGCCUCGCCUUCCUUACACACGUGCACACACACACGUCCUGUCAGCCCUCACACACACACUUGCACACAUCUAGGAGCAUAAGAACAGAAGGCGAAGAUGUCCUAACAUUCGUACGGGAGUAACCACUGCAUUUGGAGCCAAAGCUUGAGUUUUAACCUUAUUUUGGGUUCCUGGCAAGAAGUUUAGUAGCUUCCUUUGUGAUGUCCCGGUCAUCUCCUUGGGUUUUAUACUCCUAGACUCACACCCUCUCCCCUCAGACCUUUUUCUUCUCAACCCUGCUCUAUUUUUCUUCCCCAACCUUUUCCACACUUGAUCUCCAUUCACAUCCCUAACCCCCCCCCGCCCUUCCCACCAAAAGGCCAGGAUGCAGCAUUCGCUACUUAGGAGGCCACAAGUCCUGUGAAAAUGCAGAAUAGAAAUUGAAUUGCUUUUGGGUGACUCAUUGUUAUCCAUAUGCAGGGCAGCUGCACUAAGAGGUGUAAGAGAGGUGGGAAAGUUAUGUGAGAAUCAUGUCUGUCAUGAAAUCAGCAUUUCUCCCCAGUCUCGCAUACUCAGAUCCAUCACACAAACGCUCACACACUCAGAUGGUUGUUUUUGUUGUACAGUGUGUAUGGACAAGGAUGAAUCAUUCUGAGUCGCAUACUAAAUGGAGAGCAUAAAAAAUCUGCAAUAUUCUAUAUUUCAUACAGCUUAUUAUUAUUAUUAUUAUUAUUAUUAUUAUUAGUGAUUUUAGGAUUUUUUUUCCAGUAGAAUGUUUUUUCUAAUCAUGAAUGCUUGUAUAAAGGCUUACUGGUUACUGCUGUCAAAUGAAGGUGUUUGGUAGGGAUGGGACUGAAUGCAUUUGUUUAUUAUAAAACCUUUGCAAGGGCUGGGGUUUGGAUUCAUUGGUUAAUGCUACUGUUCCCUCCAUUACCUCAUGUAGCCCCUCAUCCUUAAAUGUGCAUCUAGUGCGUACAGCAGCAGGGCAAAUGUCAUCACGUCCAAACUGGAACAGAAAACCUCAUUGAAUCGACAUUUUUGUUUUCUCUUCUGUAUUGAAAGUGAAAGCGAGUGGUUGUCUUGUCACUGGGCUAAAAAAAUUUUAAUUGGUGCAGCAAGGAUGUGGUUGCAGGCUUGUGAGUGCAGGCUAGUGCAUUUCAGUUUAUCUUGCAUUCUGGUGUUUCAUAGCUUCAGGUUAUCUCAGAUUUAAGGUUUCAUGACCUCAAGUUCACAGUAUGAUGGUUUUCAGAGACUCCACUCAGUAUAAGCCUCAUGCUGUCUAGUUUUGUCCAUUUCUGUAGCUUUUGGUUGUCUUGUCAAAUAUCCAACAUGUGCUAUGAAAGCGUUCUGCUGCGUUGUACUUCCAUAGAACCUGUGUAGAUCUGGCCUGUGUUCUGUUUACUCACGUUGUUUUUGGAACGGUCCAUUAUGUAUCACAAAAAUGUGCGAUUUAGAAGUAUAUUUGUAUUGAUACAUUACAUGGUUUAGAUGUACAUGUAGAAGGAUUUAACACAAAGUACCCAUGAAGGUGUGUUGUUGUUUGGAGGUGGAUCAGUGUGCUGCUUGUGUGAGAGUGAUGUGGGGGAUGUUGGGAUUGACUGGUCUAGGCUGAGAGACCGGAUAUGACCUCCCAUAUCCUCUGAAAAGAAAAAUGCAACACUGACAGCUAAAGCCCCUACUCUUAUGUCUCAGACUUGAAGCAUACCUUUCUUCGCCUGUAGGAACUUUUACUUAGUCUUGUGAGGACUCCAGACCGGGACAAAAUCGUCUGAAUGUUGCCUUUGGCGGUAUGAGGGUUUAAGCUAGCUCAUGGAGGUCAACUUAAAGCCCCUCUACCCCCCCUUCCAUGUGGUUCACACUGUAGAGGAACUCAUAACUCUGCCCCUUUCCUGAAUGCCGUUUUAGCUUGAGAGCCCUUUAGCAGUUAUGUGAGCUCAGACGACGUCCUACUGCUCCCUGGUGGACUGAAGACAGUGUUUUCCUUGUAUCAGUUUCAAUAUAUAGGAUGUGGAUCUAGAAGAACAUAGUUUGUUAGUGUUGACCUGUCUCAGUUAGAUAGUUGCACCAAUGUCUGUCAUAUUGUGACGUUAGAUUACUAAUAAAUGAGCCAUUUAAAACUAGUUUUAACGCCACUUCAGCCACUGCUAACCUCAGAGAGUAACCGUUCUUUUGGGAGAGUUCUUACAUUAUUUAGUAACGGUGAGUUUUGUUGGUGUGGGGUUGGAGGGAGCAGUAGCAGGUGGGGUGUGAUGGCUAUGGUGGGGGUUACUUUGUCUAGGAACAUUCCUUCUAUCGAAAAAGUUUUGAUCAAUGGUUCAGGUGAAGCCUGCGAAAAAAGGAAAUGACUGAGAAAUGUCUCACUUCAGACCGGCGCACCAUUUCACACUAAAACCGAGUGCAUUCUGUUUUGGGCAUGUUUUCCAAGAGGCUUUUGCUGGUUCUACUGAUUUUAAUCUAUGAAUUGAACUAUUAUGUUGUGAUGCUGUGUGUCUGAUUAAUGGAUGCGGGGCUAGGGGCAAUAUUGUAGAGGGGCGGGACAUGAAUAGAAGUGGGGAGGGCUACUUUUGAAUGUGAUGACCUUGCCGCGUGCGUUUUGUUUCUCUUUUACUUUUUAACUUAGUUUUUCCCCCCAUCUCUCUCUGUCAUUUGCACAUCUCUGUGUUGCUUUGGAUAAGGCAGGAUGCAGGCAUGGGCGAAUGGUUUAUAGCGAGCACCAGGCCGGUAGUUCUUCCCCUCUCCCUCUGCUUGCUCACUCUGGUGCUCUUUCAUAGCUCAGUUUGAUCGUUUUUUCUUCUCUCUGUACAUAUUAUAAAUAUAUAUAUAAUAAAAAAAGAUCAAUGUC